CUGCCGGGCGCUGGGACUCCGGGGGGAGGGGGGAGGGCCUCUCUGUCGGUGCCCCCACGCCAGCCGCGGCUUUUAAGGGUCUCCCUCCCGGCCCUUAGCAGCUCCACGCGGACUCCGGGAGGCUGCGGGCGGCGUCCUGGGGCUCCCCCACCGACCCGAUCGGACUUAAGAAGGUGAUUGCUCGGCUUUCCCAACCCCCUUCCCGCCCCGUCUCCCCCACUUAACUUUUUGUCUACGUUCGCCCGCGGCCCGGUCCCCUCCCCGCAAACCCACCCGCGGCUGUGCCAACCGCCUGGGGCAUGGGCCCCCCAACGCGGCUCCUGGAGGCCCCGCGGCCUCGCAAGAUGUGAGAGGCCCGCCCCGGGCAGAUCCAGAGCUUCGGGAGAGGAGCUGAGAGCCCCCAGCCUCCCCACGCCUGGCGGGGUGGCGGUGCGCGCUGCUCCCCCGCGGUGCAGAGCGUCCCGGAGCGCCCAGUCCUGGGCUGGAACGAGUAGCUGGCCGGAGGCGCGCCGCGGAGAGCAAGCUGUCAUGCCCUAUUGAUCCCCCCUUGCCCCCCGCCAAGUAUGUUUGGGCUGGACCAAUUCGAGCCCCAGAUCAACAGCAGGAACGCUGGCCAGGGCGAGAGGAACUUUAACGAGACCGGACUGAGCAUGAAUGCCCACUUUAAAGCUCCUGCUUUUCACACGGGGGGGCCCCCUGGCCCCGUGGACCCUGCCAUGAGCGCGCUGGGCGAGCCCCCGAUCUUGGGCAUGAACAUGGAGCCAUACGGUUUCCACGCGCGGGGCCACUCGGAGUUGCACGCAGGGGGGCUGCAGGCGCAGCCCGUGCACGGCUUCUUCGGCGGUCAGCAGCCUCACCAUGGUCACCCGGGAGGCCACCACCCCCACCAGCAUCACCCCCACUUCGGGGGCAACUUCGGCGGCCCGGACCCGGGGGCCUCGUGCCUGCACGGGGGUCGCCUGCUUGGCUACGGAGGCGCGGCCGGCGGCCUGGGCAGCCAGCCGCCCUUCGCUGAGGGCUAUGAGCACAUGGCGGAGAGCCAGGGGCCGGAGAGCUUCGGCCCGCAGCGACCUGGAAACCUCCCGGACUUCCACAGUUCGGGUGCCUCGGGCCACGCCGUGCCUGCCCCAUGCCUGCCGCUGGACCAGAGCCCUAACCGGGCCGCAUCUUUCCACGGCCUGCCCGCCUCCAGCGGCUCCGAUUCCCACAGUCUGGAGCCCCGGAGGGUGACGAACCAAGGAACCGUCGACUCCCUGGAAUACAAUUACGCGGGCGAGGCGCCCUCGGGACAUUUUGACAUGUUUUCGCCCUCCGACUCCGAGGGGCAGCUGCCUCAUUAUGCAGCGGGUCGUCAGGUUCCCGGGGGCGCUUUCCCGGCUGCCUCGGCCAUGCCCAGAGCCGCGGGCAUGGUGGGCUUGUCCAAAAUGCACGCCCAGCCACCGCAGCCGCCACCGCAGCCGCCACCGCAGCAGCCACCGCAGCAGCAACAGCAGCAUGGCGUGUUCUUCGAGAGGUUUGGCGGGGCCCGGAAGAUGCCUGUGGGUCUGGAGCCCGGGGUAGGCUCUAGGCACCCGUUAAUGCAGCCUCCCCAGCAGGCCCCGCCACCCCCCCAGCAGCAGCCCCCGCAGCAACCGCAACAGCAGCAGCAGCCUCCGCCACCCGGGCUUCUGGUCCGACAAAAUUCCUGCCCUCCUGCUCUCCCGCGGCCCCAGCAGGGCGAGGCUGGCACGCCCAGCGGAGGCCUGCAGGACGGGGGUCCCAUGCUGCCCAGCCAGCACGCGCAGUUCGAGUAUCCCAUCCACCGGCUGGAGAACCGGAGCAUGCACCCUUAUUCCGAGCCUGUUUUCAACAUGCAGCAUCCCCCUCCGCAGCAGGCGCCCAACCAGCGGCUGCAGCAUUUCGACGCGCCCCACUACAUGAACAUGGCCAAGAGGCCGCGCUUCGACUUCCCAGGCAGCGCAGGAGUGGACCGCUGUGCUUCGUGGAAUGGUAGCAUGCACAACGGCGCUCUGGACAACCACCUCUCGCCCUCCGCCUACCCGGGCCUCCCCGGCGAGUUCACCCCUCCUGUGCCCGACAGCUUCCCCUCCGGGCCUCCCUUGCAGCACCCAGCCCCCCCGGACCACCAGUCCCUGCAGCAGCAGCAGCAGCAGCAGCAGCAACAGCAACAGCAGCAACAGCAGCAGCAGCAACAGCGCCAAAAUGCGGCCCUCAUGAUUAAACAGAUGGCUUCGCGGAAUCAGCAGCAGCGGCUGCGCCAACCCAGCCUGGCCCAGCUAGGCCACCCAGGGGACGUGGGCCAGGGUGGCCUAGUCCACGGCGGUCCGGUGGGUGGCUUGGCUCAGCCGAACUUUGAGCGCGAAGGCGGCAGCGCGGGUACGGGGCGCCUGGGCACCUUUGAGCAGCAGGCGCCGCACUUGGCACAGGAGAGCGCGUGGUUCCCAGGCCCACACCCGCCGCCAGGAGACCUGCUGCCCCGCAGGAUGGGUGGUUCCGGCCUGCCCACUGACUGUGGUCCGCAUGACCCCAGCCUGGCGCCUCCCCCUCCGCCCGGGGGCUCUGGCGUGUUGUUCCGGGGCCCUCUGCAGGAGCCGCUGAGGAUGCCCGGGGAGGGCCACGUGCCGGCGCUGUCCUCGCCGGGCCUCCAGUUCGGGGGCAGCCUGGCUGGCCUGGGCCAGUUGCAGUCGCCUGGGGCAGGGGUGGGGCUGCCCAGCGCUCCCUCGGAUCGCCGGCCCCCGCCGCCGGACUUCGCUGCGCCAGCCCUUGGGGGCCAGCCGGGCUUUCCGUUUGGCCCAGGGAGCCGGCAGGCCACUCCGCACAGCGGUGCGGGCGUGAACUCACCCCCAAACGCAGGCGGGGGCGGCGGCAGCUCUGGCGGCGGCGGCGGGGGCGCUUACCCGCAGCAGCCGGAUUUCCAGCCCAGCCAGCGCACCUCGGCCAGCAAGCUGGGCGCGCUCUCUUUGGGCUCCUUCAAUAAACCCAGCUCCAAGGACAACCUGUUUGGCCAAAGCUGCCUGGCUGCGCUCUCCACGGCUUGCCAGAACAUGAUCGCCAGCCUCGGGGCCCCCAACCUCAACGUGACCUUCAACAAGAAGAACCCACCCGAGGGCAAGAGGAAACUGAGCCAGAACGAGGCCGAUGGCACGGCCGUGGCCGGCAACCCGGGCUCCGAUUACUUCCCGGGGGGGACUGCUCCUGGGGCCCCAGGACCCGGAGGCCCAUCGGGGACCAGUAGCAGCGGCUCCAAAGCCUCGGGGCCGCCAAACCCGCCCAGCCAGGGGGACGGCACCAGCCUCUCUCCCAACUACACCCUAGAGUCAACGUCGGGGAACGACGGCAAGCCGGUCCCCGGGGGAGGUGGCCGGGGACGGGGUCGCAGAAAAAGGGACAGUGGUCACGUGAGUCCUGGGACCUUCUUCGACAAGUACUCAGCGGCUCCGGACAGCGGGGGCGCGCCUGGGGUGAGCCCAGGACAGCAGCAGGCUCCAGGCGCGGCCGUCGGGGGAAGCUCUGUGAGCGACACGCGCGGGGCGCCCACGCCCCACGAGAAGGCACUUACGUCGCCGUCGUGGGGGAAGGGGGCGGAGUUGCUUCUGGGGGACCAGCAGGACCUCAUGGCGUCCCUGGACGGUGGGGCCAAAUCGGACGGUAGUUCACCGCACGUGGGUGAGUUCGCCUCGGACGAGGUGAGCACGAGCUAUGCCAACGAGGACGAGGUGUCGUCCAGUUCCGACAACCCCCCGGCCCUGGCCAAAGCCAGCAGGAGUCCCCUGGUGACCGGCUCGCCCAAACUCCCUCCUCGAGGGGUGGGCGCCGGGGAACACGGACCCAAGGCGCCCCCGCCCCCACUCGGCCUGGGUAUCAUGUCUACCUCUUCCUCGACCCCCGACAGCUACGGCGGGGGCGGGGGCACUGGCCAUCCGGGCACGCCGGGCCUGGAGCAGGUCCGGACCCCCACGAGCAGCAGUGGUGCGCCCCCACCCGACGAGAUCCACCCCCUGGAGAUCCUCCAGGCGCAGAUCCAGCUACAGAGGCAGCAGUUCAGCAUCUCCGAGGACCAGCCCCUGGGGCUUAAGGGUGGCAAGAAGGGCGAGUGUGCCGUCGGGGCCUCAGGUGGGCAGAAUGGAGACAGCGAGCUGGGCAGCUGCUGCUCCGAGGCCGUCAAGAGCGCCAUGAGCACCAUCGACCUGGACUCACUGAUGGCAGAGCACAGCGCCACCUGGUACAUGCCAGCUGAAAAGACCCUGGUGGACGGCGCGGACGAGGAUAAGACGCUGGCGCCCUGGGAGAAGGCCAAACCCCAGAACCCCAACAGCAAAGAAGCCCACGACGCCAUCAGCAAGGCCUCGGCCCAGCCCGGCAGCCACUUGCAGUGCCUGUCCGUCCACUGCACAGACGACGUGGGGGACGCCAAGGCCCGCGCCUCCGUGCCCACCUGGCGGUCCCUGCACUCCGACAUCUCCAACCGAUUCGGGACAUUCGUGGCCGCCCUCACUUGAGUCGCCGAGAGCCCCCUCCCCCCCAGGCCCUCCCCUCCCCCAACCUGUCCCCAGAAAGGGCCACUAGUGCUGAGGGAUGGGUCUUGGGUUUUUUGGUCUAGGUUGGUACCUGCUUAGUGGCUUAUGGACCCGAAAGGGUUAAUUUAAAGGGGCGGGGCAUAAAAAAACCUCAAAAGUUUUCUUUUUUUCUUUUUUUCUUUUUAGAAACUGCCGCCUGUGUUACAGUGUGAACCCUGAACCCUGCCCAGUUAGCCGACUUCUGUUUCCACCUUGGUUUUUCCUGUAGAGAGCUCCCCUUCUCUUAACCCUGGCUGACCCUUUAGAUGACCUCUUUUUUUUCUUUAUUUUGUUCCCGAAGCUUCUAUGUCCAAGUAUUGUUAUUUCGUAAUAAGACAAGAGUUGCUUUCCUUUUUUUAAAAAUUCUCUUUUAUUUUCCUCCCUCCCCCCAUCUCCCCCCCCCCUUUUGUUCACUGCUUAUUAAAAUGGAAAUCCUGGAGAAGAGUACUUUUGGAAUAUUGCCGGGUGAAGGAUUGUCAUCGCAAUAUUAUAUAUUGACACCCAACUGUCAUCAGCCAGACAGGAGCCAAACAAGUCAUACCCUUUAGGUAUUCCGCCUGCAAUUAUGUUUUGUCUGUUCCCUAAGAAAAUAGAGAGAUUUUCCUUCCAACAGACACUUCUGGACCCCAGGCUCAUCUUCGGUCUGGCUGUACUGCUGGAAGCUGGCCCUCCCUGCCUGGAUCUGAGGGUGUGUCCAGCUGCCCUGGGAAGGAGGCCCGCAGUGAGGUUUUUCUCUCCUUUUCUGGGCCUCUGCCUGUGGGGAGCCGGGCCUCUGCCUUAGGCAUGGGCUAAGCAGCCUCUGGUCUUCCCCGGGGAUUCCAGGCCCAGUGACCUCAGGUGCCCACGGGGAAGCCUUUGUUCUUUCCUGGCUGGGCAUUUUCUGGGGACCCAGAGGACUGGGUGUGUCCCCUUCUCUGCUCCUGUUUCCCCCAGCCAGUCCUGGGAGGAUGGGGCCCCUUGCUUGGAGUCCGGGUCCUUUCUCCGAGGGGUCUGCCAGCUGCCAGCCUGAUCCGGGGCCUUUUGUUCUUUAACCUUGGACUCCCUCCCCCCCUUUUGAUUUGAUUUCUAAAACUAGAGCCAUGUCCCCCGUCUCAGGAGGGAACUGCCUCUACUGGGGCAGACGGUGGCGGUCACUGGAGGCCCAUGUUGGCAGGGACAGACGGACACCUUGGGGUGCUGCUGACCCUUGCGAAAGGCGUUUGGGACUCUGGGGGUGGGGGGGGCACACCGAUUCCAGGGUGGGUCAGACGAGAAGCGAGGUGACAUCGCUUCAUUCAGAUGGUGACGCUCACUUUUAUUUCAGUUUUUCGUUGAUGAGUGGGUUUUUCUAAAUUCUCCCUCCCAGGCCCCUGCCUGCAGGGUCCCCAGAGUUUACAGAUCGAGUGUCCUUUAGCAAGUGGCCUGAGGCUGGGGCUCCCCGUACCACGCCCACAUUGUUUAUUUCAAAGAACUUUUCAGCCAAGGGAGAGAAGAGCCCAGGAAACCCUGUCUGUCCCCUGUCCCUCCUCCUCGUUCCCUGGCUGGCCCUUGUGGCUGGGGUCUGGGCCCUCUGACCAGGGGCAGCCCUGGCCACAGGGGCGGACAGAAGCAGGUGGCAGGCAGAGGGAAGGCUUGUUCCCCCCACGGGCUGCAGACGGGCCAGGUGCUGGGCCACACCACCUCGGUGCCCCUGGGGUCCGCUGCGCAGCUGCUGGAGAGCUUCGGAUCGUGGUUUUAGACAGGAGCGGUUUCUCCCUGAUGGCUUAAGGCGGGGAGCAGAGUCUCCCGACCUGUGUCCUGGACUUGGCCACACCGGGCCGCCCGCACUGGCCAUCAGCCUGUGGUCCUUGCCAUUCUAGAAACUUCGGAAGCUUCCAACGUCCUCGCUCCUCACGGGCCCAGAUCGGAUCAGCUUUUCGAACAGCCUUAAGCAAAAGGAUGUCAUUUCCUGUCCUUUGGUUUUCACCGGAAGAAUCAAAGCAAAUGACGAAAACCCGACACACGGAACUCCCGGCGCCUGCACCCGGCGCGCUCUGCGGGAAGAAGAGGGAGCUGUUCCUAUUGCACAUGUAAAAUAAGGAGACUCGACUCUGCUGUGUGUUAGGCAAUCCUGUCGUCUUUUUUGACUCUUAAAAAGAAAAAUUCAUUUCUGAGAUGCUUGGUUGGAAGACUGACAAUAGCUCAUGAAUUGAGUGUUAUUUUUUUCUUAAUGUAAAGUGCGGUCUUCCGUAUUCAUGCAGAUUGUAUAUACCUGUAUAUGUUUUCCUGAGCAGCUAAAUAACAAUAAAUAUGACGUUAA